GUGCAGUUGGACUUGUCUGUUCAUGUCUGUGCUGAAUAAAGUUGUGUUUGUGUGUUAACGUCUGUAAACAUGACAGACCUUUUGUUAAGAAUAAGAAACAGCGUAGCAGAGAAGAAGAAGACGUCUGUGUCUCAGAGAGACUUAGAGACGUGCGGACUCAGAGGGAUCCAGCUGAGGCGCUACCAGCUGGACGGGGUGCAGUGGUUAACCCAGUGCCUGAAGAACCAGCAGGGAUGCAUCUUAGGAGACGAGAUGGGUUUGGGGAAAACCUGUCAGACGAUCUCUCUGCUGGUGUUCAUGUCGGGAUCUCUCGGAGACAAAGGUCCGUUCCUGGUGCUGAGCCCGCUCUCCGUCCUGGAGAACUGGAGGAAGGAGCUGGAGCGCUUCGCUCCGUCUCUGACUGUUCUGUGUUACAAGGGAGACAAAGAGCGCCGGGCGGAGCUUCAGAGGGAAACGGGCCGACGGGACUUUCACCUUCUGCUCACGACGUACGAGUUGUGUCUCAAAGAUGCUUCGUUCUUGAAACGGUGGAAGUGGAAGGUUCUGGUCGUGGAUGAAGCUCACAGACUGAAGAAUCAGAACUCACUUCUGCACAAAGUCUUGACGCAGUUCUCAGUUGGUUUCAGAGUCCUGCUGACGGGGACGCCGGUCCAGAACAACCUGCUGGAGCUCUACUCCCUGCUGAGCUUCGUUCAGCCGAGCGUCUUCACAGCUGAGGAGACGGACAACUUCUCUAGCUCUUACGCCAACAUACAAAGUCAACCUGCUCUCGCGGCUGAGCUGCAGAGCGUCCUGGAGCCCUUCCUGCUUCGGAGAGUAAAGUCGGAAGUGGCCGUCGAUCUGCCGAAGAAGACGGAGCUGCUGGUGUAUCACGGCAUGUCGGCCCUGCAGAAGAAAUACUACAAAGCCAUUCUGAUGAAGGAUCUGAAGGCUUUUGGGAAUGAACUGGGCAACAAGAACCGGCUGCUGAACAUCCUGAUGAACAUGAGGAAGUGUGUGGACCACCCGUACCUGUUCGAUGGGGUGGAGCCAGAGCCUUUUGAGAUGGGGGAGCAUCUCGUUGAAGCCAGUGGGAAACUUUGCCUUCUGGACAGCAUGCUGACGUACCUCCAUAAAGGUGGCCACAGGAUCCUGCUGUUCUCUCAGAUGACGCGGAUGCUGGACAUUCUCCAGGAUUACAUGGAGUUCAGAGAUUACAGCUACGAGCGUCUGGAUGGCUCCGUCCGAGGGGAGGAGAGAAACCUAGCGGUGAAGAACUUCAGCAGCAGAGACGUCUUUGUGUUUCUGCUCAGCACUAAAGCAGGCGGAGUGGGUCUGAACCUCACAGCCGCUGACACCGUCAUCUUUGUGGACAGUGACUUCAACCCUCAGAACGACCUGCAGGCUGCUGCACGCUGCCAUCGGAUUGGUCAGAACAGGCCCGUGAAGGUGAUCCGGCUUCUGGCGAGAGACACCGUGGAGGAAAUAAUGUAUUCUCGUGCCGUGUCCAAGCUGCACCUCACCAACACUGUUAUUGAAGAAGGACGCUUCUCUCUGCUGGACCAAGCUCAGUCCGCUGCUGCAGGACUGCAGCUCAGUGAGAUCUUGAAGUUUGGGGUGGAUAAGCUUCUGUCAUCGGAGGAGAGCUCAGUGCAGGAGGUGAAACUGGAGAAGAUCCUCGGCCCGUCACGUGACGGUCAGUGGGCGGACGAAGAUUUACCCAUAAUCAGAGAAGAAGAAGAGGAGGAGGAGGAGGAGGAGGAAGAGGAGGGCUCUGAGUCUGACGUGCAGAGUAUGUUUCAUUUUUAA